GGGCUGGGUGGGAGAGUGCGAGGGGGAGCAGCAGCCAGGCAAGAGACGGAGAAGGACCUCUGUGUCUAGUUUCGGCGCUUUUCAUCCAAAAAAGGGGGGAAAUAAAAAAUCGUGACACUGAGAAUCUUCCAGAACUCAGGACGCACCGGAUAAGCUGCACUUUUGGGGUGUGUUUUUUUCGGGACUGGGGGGUUCGGGUCACUGAUCUGCGAGGUUAUGAGCCGUCCGAAGCCGCGUCGGUGCGUCGCUGUCCAGGGUCCUGAGUGAGACGGAGCCAACGGGCGACCACGAAGCCGCAAGUUACAAAGCUCAGGAGCCAUGGAGUUGAGGGUGGGAAACAAAUACCGCCUUGGGAGGAAGAUAGGGAGCGGAUCCUUUGGAGAUAUUUAUCUCGGUUCAAAUAUCGCUACAGGAGAGGAAGUGGCCAUCAAACUGGAAUGUGUGAAGACCAAACAUCCACAGCUCCACAUCGAGAGCAAAUUCUACAAAAUGAUGCAGGGUGGAGUGGGAAUCCCGUCUAUUAAGUGGUGUGGAGCGGAAGGUGAUUACAACGUUAUGGUCAUGGAGCUGCUGGGCCCCAGUCUGGAGGACCUGUUCAACUUCUGCUCCCGCAAGUUCAGUCUGAAAACGGUCCUGCUGCUGGCUGACCAGAUGAUCAGUAGAAUUGAAUACAUCCACUCCAAGAACUUCAUCCACAGAGAUGUGAAGCCCGAUAACUUCCUCAUGGGACUCGGGAAGAAGGGCAACCUGGUCUACAUCAUCGACUUUGGUUUGGCCAAGAAAUACCGCGACGCCCGAACACACCAGCACAUCCCCUACCGUGAGAAUAAGAACCUCACCGGCACCGCCCGCUACGCCUCCAUCAACACCCAUCUGGGCAUUGAGCAGUCGAGACGAGAUGACCUGGAGUCUCUGGGCUACGUUCUCAUGUACUUCAACCUGGGCUCUCUGCCCUGGCAGGGACUCAAGGCUGCCACCAAGAGGCAAAAGUAUGAACGCAUCAGUGAGAAGAAAAUGUCCACCCCCAUUGAGAUGCUCUGCAAGGGAUACCCUUCUGAGUUCUCUACUUACCUGAACUUGUGUCGCUCCCUGCGGUUCGAUGACAAGCCAGACUACUCAUAUCUGAGGCAGCUCUUCAGGAACCUUUUCCACAGACAGGGCUUCUCCUACGACUACGUUUUUGACUGGAAUAUGCUGAAGUUUGGGGCCAGCAGGACAGCGGAGGAUGGCGAGAGGGAGAGGAGGGAGGGAAAAGAAGGGGAGGAGCGAGCGGGAGGAGGCCAGAGAGGAGCUGGAGGUCGAGCUUUGCCGCCUGGUCCAAACCCUUCUGCAGCCAACAGAGUCAGGAAUGAGGCAGAUGCUGCUCCCGCUAACCCGGCCACACGUGGGGUCCAGCAGUCAGGUAAUCGUUCUCCUCAGGCGGGGAGAGCAGAACGAGCCGAGCGAGAGAGGAAGGUGGCCAUGAGGCUUCAUCGCGGGGCCCCUGCAAAUGUCUCCUCCUCUGACCUCACAGCACGCCUCGACCAAUCACGCAUCACUGCAUCACAGGUCAGUGUGCCAUUUGAACAUCUGGCAAAGUGAGUUCCUCCUCGCUGGCCUGCAGGUCAGUGGCAGCAGCUGCAGGGUAUCAAAUACCCCUUACUUUUCAAAUGGAUGAAUGAAAACAUGAAUGAGUGAAGGAGGAGAAGAGGAGCAGGAGGCAGAGGUGGCAUUACAGGCCCUUUAAAGGGGGAUCGAAGGCGUCCGUGUGUCUGUCAGUAUGCGCUGUGAGCAUGCCCAGUGUUAAAGCUUGCUGAGAUGAUGGGAAAAUCAGUGAGACAAACAAACUCUAGGCUGCCAGGGUGUGGCCAGAGAGGGAGGUGGGUGAAACAACACACAGGCCCCACCCCUUCUUCACUCAUAUUCACCUGCCAUCCACUUGGAGGCCAAACUUGCAAAAAAAAUAUAUAUAUAUUUAAAAAAAACAUCAGAGUGCACAAAAUGGACUAAAUUUCAAUUAUUCUGUGGUUUACACCUGUGAUAAAAUUAAAAAAAGUAUCAAUCUGCUAAUGUUUGAGAGCUACAUCUGCUGCUUAUGGUGUUCUUUAUUAUCAAUAAAUAUGUACACAAACAUGGAGACGAACACAAAGUGUAUUCAGGCCUAUAAUACAUAGAUGAGACAGGAGAAUGCUUAAACAUGGACCAGGGAGAGGAUCAGAGGGAGUAAAUGGGAGAGAGUCUGCAGUGAAUUUGAUGAUGGGAGCGAGGCUGCUUUUUGUCCAUCAAUGUGUCCGUCUGUGUUGUCGUGUUAAGUGUUUGUUUUGCCUUCAGCUUUGCUUUAUAGAGGAAAAAAAAAGGAUGGAGGAUAGAGACUGCCGAUGAAUUAUAACAGAAAAAUGUAUUCCUAUUUUUCAGCACACUUGUUACCGUCUUACCGAGGUGAGACUGAGAACACGUUUACUGAAUGUGAAAAGAGGAGGAGGGAGACGGGAUAAAACGAGGAUUGUAUGAUAUGAAAAAGCCUUAGUCCAGCUUGUAACUCCAGGUAUGAAAAGACUUGAGAAAGUUAUAAGAUCUUGGUGGUGAGCAAGUCUGGUGUUACAUUUGUAUUUUUGUUCUUUUGCUUUUCAUUGGUUUUAUAUUACAUGUAAAAUGUGUAGAUACUUUUCGCCAGAAUGUGACAGAUUGUCUAAAGAUGGGGCUGGAGAGAAGAGUACUGUCCCGACACCCCUGAGACAAAAAGAAGUGACAUUUUACUGAAAGCCUUUAGAGUCUGCCAGGAGUGUGUGUUUCGAUUUCCACUGUGGCAGGCAAUGACGCAAAGGUUCUUGUUCUUAUUUUGAGCGGUACUGAUGAAGAAUAGAUGUUUUGUCCCAGGACUGUCAGGAUGGAUGGAUGUCACUGAUUGAAAGGAGAUGACUGAUGUCCUGUACAUUUCUUUCCCAUGCUUCAACUUUAUUACCAUGAUAUUUGUGUAUAUUUUCUGAUUCAAUAAAAAUAUACACAACUUA